AGUGCUCGAUCGGUGAACAUCUUUGUUCGAGCUCUGGGUGCUGAGGACCGCUCAAAAGAUUAUUCUUCAGUUAUUUUUACUUCUUCAAGCAGAAAACUAAGUGAUAAGAUUUAAGUCAAGUGUCAUUGAUGAGUUUUGUAAUUUGAGAAGUUUUUCUUCUUCGGUUGAUUUUCCGAAAAUUCGUCCACUUGCGCACCAAGCGUUCAUCCAGCAUAUGCUCGCAAGACGAACAGAGUGUUGGAUCGUGUUACAAAUAGAAUUUUAUGCGAUUUAUUUUUUAACUGAAAACUUGGUGUGUUUACUCAUUUGACUCUCAGUGAGGAGCUAACCGUAUCCCGCGGUGGCAUUAGUCUGCAUUGGUCCUGCUCAGGGACCGCACGUGUUCUCAUCUAGUGGCUCGGAGUUGAAAACGGUUUAGAGUGCUGUGAAAUAUAUUAUAGAUAACCAUGGUUGCGAAAUCCAGCAUAUUCAUUUUGGCAACUUUAAGUCUAAUAUCAUCCCAAGUGUUCGCCCAGCAGAGGGUAGAUGUGACAAACCAGGAAAUCCGCGAUGCCAUCCUGUCGUUGGUGCACUCGUACAACUUGCUGGACAACAAACUAGAACGACACGAGCAGCGUGAGCGGUCUCUCGGUGAGCAGGUUAAAAAGGGUUUGAUCACGCUGCAGAAGAACCAGCGAAUAUUUGAACCACUCAAGGGCACCAUCACGCGUCUGGAGGAACGCGUCGGUAGCAUCGAAACGGCACUACUCAGCCAAGAUGAGAAAAACACACUACAGCAGAUGAAGUUGGGCGAAACACUCGAGGGCGUUCUGCGUUGGUUAACUGACAAUGCACCAGCACUCGAGGCGAGGGUCAUCCCGGAGGCAAGACCAUACGAAGAUGGCGAAGGUCUUGGUGGCAAGAUGGAUGAGAUUACCGAAAGUAUUAGAGAGCUGAGAAGGGAGGUCGCGGAAUUGAAAUCGGAUAGAGACACACUUGAGCAAACUAACCGUAACCUGAUUCAGCAGGCAGAAAAAUUGGCCCACGCUAAGCAUGGAUCAUCGUCUGACGAAAUUAUUGGCAAAAUCGAGGAAAGAUUAUCCUCGUACUACAACAAUCCGGUCGCAAUCUCCCACUCGAACGUCGACUUCGAAGAGAAGGUCAUCAAGAAGCUAGACACGAUCGAUGCUGCCGUGAAGGAAAGUCAUUCAUCCGCUCUAGCGGCUGUCUCUGCUCAUGGUUCAACGAUUGAUAAGGAGUUUGUACAUGGCUUGAUCAAUGAAACCUUGGAGGCAAUCGAAGAUAUGCGUUUGGAGGUUUUGACCGCGUCCGAUAAGAGUUUCUCGAAGACGGCGACUCGCAUCAAGGAGAACAACGAGGUGCUGCAGGGUUCCGUAAAUGAGAUUUUAAAGACUCUCUCGGAAGAGAUCGUAGAUACGGAAGCAUUCUUCUCUGCUACCAAAAAAGAUAUUGGAUCAUUGCAGGAUGAAAUCGCUGCUUUAAGUAGAUUAGAAAAGUUCUUGUUGCAAACGGGUGAGAACGUUUUGGACGCCAAACGAGGUAUCGAUUAUGGCAUUCAUCAGAUUCUGCGAGAGGUAACGGAGGUUGUCAAGGCCAACUCCAAAGAGCUCAACAAGACAGUUACUAAACGAUUUGAUGAUAUUGGCGCUACGAUUCUGGACAAUCACAACGGUGCCUUAAGCAAUCUCAGUUCGAAGAUUGAAACCGAAAUCAGUCAGGUUUGGCGACAGAUCGGCAUCAUGUAUCAAGAGAUUUCAUCUAGCAAACAAGCCUUGGACCGCCUUCAACAGCAGACUGAAACCUAUGUGAAUGGCACGUUAAAUACGAUGGAUAGCAUGGAAGGAAAGGUUUCGUUGAUUACCGGUCGCAUGUCCGAGGUGGACUCGAAUCUAAACUAUCUUCUGGGUCGUUUGUCGCUGGUUACACAGGAAUUCAAUCUAAUCAAGCGUGGUCUUGGUCAGGCUUUGGAUGAAAUCAAAAGUAGCUUCAUGGAAGUUCAAGAACGUGUCAAAGGACCCGGUCCUCACAAAAUUUCCUCCGCAGAAGUAGACAGCGAUUUCAACCAAUCCCCACCGCCCGCUAUAUAAUAGAGUUCGUAGACUUGCUACAGAUGUGUCCUAGAUUUAGUUUGUAUGUGCUUUUUUGAACCAAAUAAGGAUACUAUUGGAAUCCGUCUUCGGUUAUCGAUGACAAAUGGUGUGCUCAUAAAAAUAAAUGCGGUUUGUAGGUGUUUCAAUAAGAAAAUGCUCUUCCCUUUACGAGUCUCGUCUUAGCUGCAUUCUGGUAUUCGGGACACCAUCCUUGAAGCACGCAGGACCACAUGUGAAUGGAAUUCUAAUGCGAAUCUUGCAUUAAUCUCAUAUCGACAGAGUUCUGUUUAGGAUCGUUUAGAAAAAAAAUCUGUGGUCAACUCUGAUCAUAACUCAUGAACUUGCCAAGUUCAGAUUAAUAUUCUAAGGAAUAAUUAUAAUUCUGUUUGUACUUCAAUAUGGUAAAUAAAGUAAGUGACAUUCAAAAUA